AUGGUGUUCAGUUUGAGUUUAGUUUGGGUGGGAAUAUGGGGUUGCAAGUUGUAUUUUCAAUAGGUGUGUGUUUUUAAAUGGAUGAAUUAUUGCGAGUGGAGUGGGGGAGGAACAUACUGUUUUUUUUAAACAAAUCACGAGUGAAGCAUUUUUCUUUUGACACAACCUUCUCCGCUUUUGUAAAUCACCUGCUCCCUCGUUCCAUUUCUCUCAGUCCCUGCAAUAAAAACGAUGAGAAGAACGAAAGAAAAAGGGUAAUGACUGGCGUGUUACUGGAUGUAAUAAUGAAUAGGAAACGGGAUGGAGCCGAAAGCAGGAAGACCUCAGAUUGUGGUCUUUCUCCACUGUGCUUUGGUGGCAGAAGAUCUGUGACAGUCUCAAUCCCUCCACAGCUGCAGGCUGACUGGGCACAUAUGAUGGAUCUCACACGUCUGUCGUCUGAUGUCAGUUUGAUAUCCCUUCUCACCAUCAGCCAAGUGAUGUCUUGGUGAUUGUUGGGAGUGCUCUGGUGAUGCAUUCAGCUGAAUGAAUUUGACCACCUGCUCAGGGAGCCACGCAACAGGAUCCACCCUCUCCUUUUCUUUCAAAGUCUUGAGGGCGCUAGAUGCUGACCUUCUUUCUGAAGGAUUUAUGGUCAAAGGUGUUUUUCUUGACAAAUUUCUCUACAAAGGCUAUUUUUUUUUUUUUGAAAUAUUACUGGACCACUGAGAAACUGCAGUAUAAUUUCCUGUAAUAAAUGCCAGUGACUGGAAAAAUGAGGAAAGCUAAACUUUUCAAAGGAACUCUAAUGACUGGAUGCCAUACUGGGAGACCAGAGCUGUUGUUUGAGGUGGAUUGCAAGUUACACCAGAGGCUGCCAGGCUCCUCAAGGUUCACGAUUGUGAUUGUGUUGUCUUACAUUAUUCUUGGAAUUCUCAACACGCUUCUGUUUCCACAUUCUUUGAAUGGUGAUAUAUGGAGCUUAUACAUUGUGAAUGUAGAAAAAAUAGAGAAUGCCCAGAGAUAUGCUGCAAAGGUGUUAGGACAAAAAUGUCGUAAGUCUUAUGUCCAGCAAGAGAUGAAUAUUUUGUUUCCUCAAAAAUAUGACAUCAACAUGCGCCCUUUCCUGGACAGGAAUUCCAUUUUACGAGAAUCCGUAUUCAAGUAUAAUACUCCAUUUGGUUUUAACACUCACCAAAAUCGUCUUCACCAGAUCAUGGAUGUCAUGCCCACAAUAUCUCUGCCAGAAGAACUAGAAAGUGAGAGCUGCAAGCGCUGUAUUGUCUUGGGAAAUGGUGGAAUAUUGCGAGGAUUAGGUCUUGGACCUUAUUUGAAUAGAUUUGAUGUUGUUAUCAGGUUGAACAAUGCACCAAUCCAAGGAUUCACUGACGAUGUCGGUAACAAAACCACUAUAAGAAUGAGCUAUCCAGAGGGAGCACCAAAAUCGCAGUUUGAAUACGAUCCUUAUAUGCUGUUUGUUGCUGUAAUGUACAAGGGAGUAGAUUUCAGCUGGCUGAAGGCCAUGAUUAAAAAGGAAAGAGUGUCAUUUUGGGAAAGAAUUUGGUUUUGGCAGAAAGUUACGGAGGAAUUACCAAUUAAACCAACACAAUUUCGAAUUCUGAAUCCUGAAAUUAUCCGCGAAACAGCUCUGGAUCUACUGCAGUUACCUGAACCUCGAUCAAAACUCUGGGGUUGGCACCAGAAUAUUCCUACAUUGGGAGUCAGUGCUGUUGUUCUGGCUACACAUUUAUGUGAUGAAGUCAGCUUGGCAGGAUUUGGAUACAACCUUAGCCAACCACAAAUACCAUUGCAUUACUAUGAAAAUGUCCAGAUGCAUGCUAUGAAGGCCCAAACUAUGCACAAUGUGGAAACUGAGAGAAAUUUCCUAGAAGACUUGGUUAAAGCUGGUAUUGUGACAGACCUUAGUGGAGGAAUUCACUGCAAAUUUUGUAAUAAGUUGGAAAGCACAACUUCUGAAAGUUUGCAAUUCUUUUCAAAAUGAACAAGUGGUCUUCAGAGUAGAUAUCAUUUGAAGCAAGUUUUUGGCAAAUCCAUUGGUGAAUGUUGCAGUCCUAAAUGAUCCUACUGAAGUCUUUUGCAGGAAUUAUUUUUCUCAAUUGUGCAUCAAACAUGCAGCAAGUGUAAAUUUGAAAAGAAGGUAUGUGAUCCACUGAAUUAAUAUGGUAAUUGAGCUAAACUGGAAUCAUGAAUGUCACUGAAGCUUUUGAUGGAAUGUAUAAUAUUCUAAGCUUGGAGUAUUUGUGUUAAAUUGAAAUUUUCAUUUGCCUACUGCACAUGAUACUCUCAUGUAUCAAUUUUUAAAAAAUAUAUUCCUUGGAUGUCACUGGAUGGUAAACUCUAUUCAGUAUUAAGGUGAUGUUAAUUUGAAUAUUUCAAUAAUGAAGUUGGUAAUUUGCAAAACAGAUAUUUUGAACAUAGUCCUAAUAAUCAUUCUAGAAAAAGGCAUCUCUGCCUUGGAAAGUACAAAUUAAUUUACAUUUUGUCAUACUGCAUACUUGAUAUAUAUUAGAGGAUUGAAACAGUAAUUCUAAAUGAUGUAGAAGAGAAAUCUUCAGAAUUCACUGUAUGUCUGGUAGCCAUUCCCUUCACAAAUUUGCUUUUUUGUGCAGUACUGUUUUCCUUUUUACCACAGCAGGUCAGGCAGCAUCCAGGGAACAGGAGAAUCGCCGU